AUGGUGAGCUACGCAGGCAAGGUAGUGUUGGCUCCCAUGGUGCGGGCAGGCGAGCUUCCUACCAGACUGCUUGCGCUGAAAUAUGGAGCGGAUUUGGUCUGGGGUCCAGAGAUCAUCGAUAAGAAGGUUAUUCAGUGUGAACGUGAGGUCAAUAAGGAUCUCAAUACGGUUGAUUUUGUGGUCCCUUCUAGGGGUACUGGCAGACCGCCAACUAUUGUGUUUAGAACGGCCCCAGAGCAGGAACAGGGAAAGUUGAUCUUUCAGCUGGGUACAGCCGCGCCUUCACUGGCAGUAGAAGCAGCUAAUAAGGUGAUUCAGGAUGUAGACGGUAUUGACGUUAAUGCGGGGUGUCCAAAACACUUUUCUAUACAUGCAGGAAUGGGUGCUGCUUUGUUAAAGACCCCAGACAAGUUAUGUAAUAUUUUGAAAGAGCUGGUGGAAAAGGUUGGGAAGCCCAAUCAGAAGCCUAUUAGUGUGAAAAUUAGAAUUCUAGAUGACGAAGAGUCGACCUUGAGUCUAGUUACAAAGCUGUGCGCUACUGGUGUAUCUAAUUUGACUGUUCAUUGCAGGACUACGCCGAUGAGAAACAGAGAACAUCCUAUUAGAAAUUACGUGCCAGGGAUUUACAAGAUAUGUCAAUCCAGUGGUGUUUCAUUUAUUAUGAACGGCUCAAUCAAAAACAAAUUGCAUUUCCUUGACCUAAGGAGCCAAAUGGAGCUCCCAGAAAAUGUUGGUGGAAUGAUAGCGGAGGCUGCGGAGGAGAAUGCUACUGUUUUUUCCGAAGUUCCUCUUCCUUGGUACAAGGUUAUCCCUGAAUAUCUUCAGUUAGCUCAGCAGUUCCAAAAUCACCCCAGCAACACCAAAUAUAUGUUAAAUCGGAUGGUUCCUGGUAAGUCUCCUUUUUAUCAAUAUUUUGUACGCUGCAGGGGUCAUUCAGACUUUAAUUAUGUUGCGCAACAACUUGGAGCAGACGGAAAAUGCAUUACCGAUCCUUCGGAUUAUUUAGAACGCUGUAGAGCAGAAGAUAAAAAGGUUAAACAAGGAUCUAAAUACCCUAAGGCUCAAGUUGUUUCAGUGAAUACUAAAAGAUCAUCGGAGGGUCAACUUCCACAAGAAUCCAAAAAGAUAAAGACGGAAUAA